AUGCACGUACGCGCAAUCAUUCUUGCUGCAGCUAUGAUGCUUCCCGCCAUAGCAGCACCUGUACCAGCACCAGCACCAACCAGCAAUAUCAGUCCAAUACCAGUAGUCGAGCGCCGCAAUGAUUUUUCGAUAGCAAACCUUUUUCGAGAUCUCUUAAAGAGGGAGGCAACAAUCGAGACAGACGCCGUCGAGAUUAGAGGUGCCGAGGCCGGAGGCAUCAAAUUCGGCAGCACUGGUGGCCAUCGACGAGACGCUGAGGCUGAGCCGAUCAAGUUCAGUACCCCC